CUCCUCCUCCUCCCCGCCUUUCACCCGGAGUCAACCCAGGAGCACGGAGCGUAUCCUCCGCGCUCGGACCCCGCGGGAAUUAGAAAAAGCAUCCCCCCGCGCGCCCUGACAGCCGCACAACCCCGGCCGAGCUCUGCGGUGUGAGAGAGGGAGGGAGAGAGAGACUACACGAGGCCACACAGAGAGAGUGAGGAGAGGGAGAUGGGUACGGGGGGCGCGCAGUUGCCCGUGAUUGUCCAGUGAACGGCGGUGAAGUUACUCGGCUCCGCUCGGAUCCUUUCCCCUCCAGGUCGUUGAGUGUGUGAUUGUGUGUUCAGCAUGAGUAACAUCUAUGAGUCUGCAGAGGCCACGCUGGGCUUCAUCAGCUCUCCGUGCCUGGCUAAAGUGGAGCUCCGAGUCGCCUGCCGGGGGAUCUCGGACCGCGAUGCCCUCUCCAAGCCCGACCCCUGCGUGGUGCUGAAGAUGCAGUCGCACGGGCAGUGGUUUGAGGUGGACCGUACAGAGGUGAUCCGCAGCAGCAGCGGCCCCGUCUUCUCCAAGAUCUUUCUGGUGGAUUACUACUUCGAGGAGGUGCAGAGGCUUCGCUUUGAACUCCACGACAUCAGCUCCGGCAACAACGGCCUCCGUGAUGCUGACUUCCUGGGAUCCAUGGAGUGCACCUUAGGACAGAUCGUCUCACAGAGGAAACUGACCAAAGCUCUACUGAAACAGGGAAACACUUCGGGAAAGUCGUCUAUAACAGUGACAGCGGAGGAGUUGUCUGGAAACGAUGAUUACGUGGAACUCUCCUUCAGCGCUCGUAAGCUCGACGACAAGGAUUUCUUCAGCAAGUCGGACCCCUUCCUGGAGAUUUUCAGGGUGAAUGACGAUGGCACUGAGUCGCUCGUGCACAGAACUGAGACAGUCAUGAACAACCUGAGCCCGGUUUGGAAAUCCUUCAAAGUUUCCUUGAACACGCUCUGCAGCGGCGACCACGACAGGGAGCUAAAGUGCACAGUUUGGGACUGGGACUCUAAUGGGAAACAUGACUUUAUCGGGGAGUAUCAGACCACGUUUAAGGAGAUGAGGGCGGAGCAGGAGGGAAAGCAGCUUCAAUGGGAGUGCAUCAACCCCAAAUACCAGAUGAAGAAGAAGAAUUACAGAAACUCUGGUGUUGUCAUGCUCAACCACUGUAAGAUCAUCAAAAUGUAUUCCUUCCUGGAAUACAUCAUGGGCGGCUGUCAAAUUCAGUUCACAGUGGCAAUAGACUUCACAGCAUCCAAUGGGGAUCCCAGAAACAGCUGCUCCCUUCACUACAUCCACCCCUACCAGCCCAACGAGUACCUCAAAGCUCUGGUGGCUGUGGGGGAGAUCUGCCAAGACUAUGACAGUGAUAAGAUGUUCCCAGCGUUCGGCUUCGGAGCUCUGAUACCACCUGACUUCAAGGUUUCACACGAUUUCGCCGUGAACUUCGAUGAGGACAAUCCUGAAUGUGCUGGGAUCCAAGGCGUCGUGGAGGCCUACCAGAAUUGCCUUCCCAAGAUCCAGCUGUACGGGCCCACCAACAUCGCCCCAAUCAUCCAGAAAGUGGCCUCGUCCGCCUCCGAGGAGAUGCACACCAAAGAGGCCAUGGUCAAAGAGAGUGGGACGAAGGAAAGAGGAAAAGACAAAAAAAGCACAUCAGAGGAAUACUUCAUCCUGCUGAUCCUGACCGACGGCGUCAUCACCGACAUGGCGGACACGCGGGAGGCCAUCGUGCACGCCUCCCACCUGCCCAUGUCCGUCAUCAUCGUCGGCGUCGGCAACGCGGACUUCACGGACAUGCAGAUACUGGACGGGGACGACGGCAUCCUGCGCUCACCCAAGGGCGAGCCAGUGCUCCGCGACAUCGUCCAGUUCGUCCCGUUCAAGGACUUCAAACACGCCUCCCCAGCUGCCCUGGCUAAGAGCGUUUUGGCAGAAGUCCCCAACCAGGUGGUGGAUUACUACAACGCGAAAGGCAUCACACCCAAGUGUAUGUCAGACUAUGAGUCCACAAGAACGUUCAGCCCCUGACAAUGGACUGCAUGCAUACAUACACCUAACUACACAUAUACAGUAUACUGUAUAUCAUAUAUACAUAGAAAUAUACAUUUAUUUACUGUAUAGUAUAUAUACACAUGCAAAAGCACAAGUACACAUACACACAUGAACAAGCUCACACAGGCGUACUACAUACUACAUACAGUAGUCUAGCUCAGAGAAUUAGAUUGUUCUGGUGAAAUAAUUUGAACUCCUCCAUUGAUGACUGUUGCAUGUGUGGCCAUGGCAUCACCUGGGAAAUAAUUACUCUCUACUGUAUAUCUGAACGAUCUUUAUAGAAAUAAGAGCAGUCUUCUGAGCCAGCAUGCAGACUCAACCCGUAGCCCGCCCAAAGAAAUGACACUCUUACCUUAUUCCGAUAACUAGCAAGUACAUAUAGACCAAAAGAUCUGUGAGUAGAUGAACCAAAGUGUGUGACUGCAUAGCCCUAAAAGCUUAGAAUUAGCAUUGCAAAUCUUAUUAUGGGAAUGGUAGCGUCGCUGUUAGUGUACUGCAUAAAUGCAUGCAUAAUUUAGCUCCUUCUAAUAUCCUGUCUGCAGUAUCCUCUUGCUAGUUAUGAAAUAAAGUAUCUCUGUCAUUCCAGUGACAUUCAAACUCGACUUGGGUGUUUCGGGUUCUUUUCUACAGAUCUGUUUGACAUUUUGCUAAAUGGAAAUGAACAACUGAAUUAUUGUAAUAAUUUCUUAUUAACCUUCUUACAUUGUAAAGAGUUCUGGGAGGGUAGACAAGCGUGCGUGGUAGAGACUCAUCUGUGAGCAAAAACUUCUGUAUUCUGCAUGUUGAUUAUAAUAAAGACACGUUGGUUUCUCA